GCCACCUCCCUUCCGCACUUCUCGCUUGCUGACUUGCUCCCUCCCGGGCUGCGGCUGCUGCAACGGCGGCAGCGGCGGGAGCAGUCCGGAGGCCGGCGUCGAGGUGAGACUGGGAUGGAUGAGGCUGCGGGUAGGACUGGACCGACAGACGGUGGAUGCCAGGAUCUGCUGCUGUCUCUGCCGUUCCACCCUCCCCACAGAGGCCCUCUCCCCUCUCCCAUCUCAAGAUGGCAGCCAGCAGCUCUGAGGUCUCUGAGAUGAAGCAGGUUGAGGAGAGUCCUGAGACCCAGGGAGAAGGGUCUGGCCAUUCUGAAGCUGGAACUGGCCCUCUCCAGGUCCUAGCAGGGGACCAGCCAGAGGCCAUGCAGCCAGGCCCAGUCACCACUGUGGCCCCUGUGGACUCAGGGCCCAAGCUUGGGCUGGCUCCAGAAACCACAGAGACCCCUACUGGGGCCUCAGAAACAGCCCAGGCCACAGACCUCAGCUUAAGCCCAGGAGGGGAAUCAAAGGCCAACACCAGCCCCGAAGAAGCAUGCCAAGAGCUAGCAUCCAAACCAGAAGUGAGCAAAGAGGCCACUGCAGACCAGGGGUCUGAGCUGGUGUCUGCAGCCCUGCCUGAGCCAGCCUCAGAGCCUCCUCCCCAGCUAGACCCCCAGCCAGGUUCUCAGGACACCCCCAAGCCAGCUCUUCAUCCAGAGUCCCCUACCCAGGAGGACCCCACCCCUGAGGUCCUGACUGAGAUUGCAGAGGAAAAGCAAGAGAAUGGGGCAGUGGUGCCCCUGCAGGCUGGUGAUGGGGAAGAGGGCCCAGCUCCUCAGCCUCACUCGCCACCAUCAACAAAAACCCCCCCAGCCAAUGGGGCUCCCCCCCGCGUGCUACAGCAGCUCAUUGAGGAGGACCGACUAGGAAGGGCUCACAGUGGGCAUCCAGGAUCUCCCAGAGGGAGCCUGAGCCACCACUCCAGCUCCCAGCUGGCAGGGCCUGGGGUGGAGGGGGGUGAAGGCACCCAGAAACCUCGGGACUACAUCAUCCUUGCCAUCCUGUCCUGCUUCUGCCCCAUGUGGCCUGUCAACAUCGUGGCCUUCGCUUAUGCCGUCAUGUCCCGGAACAGCCUGCAGCAGGGGGACGUGGAUGGGGCCCAGCGCCUGGGCCGUGUGGCCAAGCUCUUAAGCAUCGUGGCGCUGGUGGGGGGGGUCCUCAUCAUCAUCGCCUCCUGCGUCAUCAACUUAGGAGUGUAUAAGUGAGGGGCUCUGCCCUGCAUUACAAGACUCUUCUGUUGGGAGCUGCCUUGGGCCCAUCCCCCCACCCCGGGGAAGCCCAAUCGAUGGCCCUGGCCCCCACCCCUAGGGACCAAGGGAGCCUGAGCGGCCUUGUUUACAGCUUCUUUCCUGCUCCUGCAUCCUGCCAGGCUCCUCUGCCAACCGUAGGCCUCUCCUUCUCUCUGCACUGUUUCCAACUUCCCUGCACUUCUGCCUGCAUCCCCUCUAGCCUCUUGGCCUCCUAUCCCUGCACUUCUGGAAACCUCCCUGAACAUCUCCCAAACUCUGCACUCUCAGCCUCCCUGCAUCUCUCCCAGCCUCCCUGCACUUCUCCCAGCCUCCCAAAUUCUUCUGAACCUCAACCCUGGCCUCUCCCUCCCAACUUUCCUUGUCUUGACAUCUUCCACAUUCCUUUCUUCCUUCCCUUCAUCAUCUGCCCUUCCCUAUCCACAUCCCCGCCCCCUUCCUCUUCCUGCCUCCUCUUCUCCCCUUAGCAUCCUCUUCUCCACCCUUCUGCCACCGUUUAUUCUGCAAACACCCUAGCACUUAGAUCAGGCUGGGGGAGGGGGAGCUGUGUCGCGAGAGGGCUCCGACUGUUCUCUGCUGGGACCACCCAGGCCUAGAUGCCCCCAGAGUGCCUUGCUGGUCGCAGAGCAGGCAUGCCAGGCCUUGCUUGGGGACUCGUGUAAGGGUGGCGAACACUGGUUUCAAACAUGCACGGGAAGAAGGGAGGGGCGCGGCGGCUGACCCGCCCAUCUGGGCUUUUAAAGCCAUCAGCAAGUUUCUCUCUUGAAGAUGUGGGGGUUCGGGUCAUUCACGUGAUUUGUAACAAAAAGAAUCCAAAAAAUAGGACCAAACCUCCCAGCUACAGGGAGCGAGGGAGAGGCGGGGAGCUCUAUAAUUAUUUUCUAAGAGGACGAGGGAGGUUUGUUGCACGCGACAGCCCGCGGAGGAGGCGGGGACCGAGCUACGACGUGGUUCAGAGUUGGCCGGUUUUUUGCUUUCCAAAAAAAGUCGGGAAAAAACUAAAAUUCAAGAAAAAGAAAAGGAUAUAUCAAACUGAUUCUCCCUUUUUGUAUGCCGGAUGCUGCAUGAGUCUGAAACACCAAUAAACAGAGACUGCAUGAGACUCGU